AUGCACUUCUCCAAGGUCCUCUCCGUCACCCUCUUCGCGGCCCUCGCAACCGCCUCACCCGUCCCCGCCGAUAUCAGCAUCAGCCAGGGCCAGCUCGAAACCGUGGCGCAAAACCUGGACAACUUCGCGCAGAGCACCGAUAACUCAGCAUCGGACGUGACACAACAGCUGCAGACUCUUGCAGCCAGCAGCGGUGGACAAUUGGCGCAGAAUAUCCCGCAGUGGACCAACAGGCUCAGCGAGGUGACGAAGGAGCUCGUGGGUGUUGCGCAGGAAAUUUCCACCACGCUGAAGGACUCUGGGAAGUCAUAUGAACAGACCGAGUCGGAGUCUGCCGACAACUUCGGCGAGCUGCUGAAUAGGCUCAGUGGUGAUGAGGCGUCUAAGCAGACCGGCAGUGACGAUGAAGCGGCCAAGACCAGUACCGGCGCUGAUGAUGCGGACAAUGUUAAGGAAGCUGGCACCGCGUCAAACUCGCUCGGUGCUGGUGGUCCUUCUCAGUAA